AGACACUUGGAGGUCUUUAGGAGAAGUGAAUGCUUGGCACUGUUCUUUCAUCUCUUGUUUCCACUUCUUGAACCACCAUCAUUAAGAAUUACUGCUUUAUUCAUGAUAGCAGUAAAAUACAAAUAAUUUUGCCACCUGCUUUCUUGCCAUAAUUAUGAAGCAGCAUAUUUCAUAUUUCUUAGAGCAAAAUCCAGAAAGUUAUAUAACUUACAAAUUUGUUAGUUAAAAUUUACCUCCCUUGGGAGGCAAGGGGGUAGCAUUUGUGGAAUUCUGUGAUCUGUUGCUUGGCAACUAUAUCUAAGACAGUUAAGCUUCUGCACUCUGUGAACUGUUGAGUCACAACGUUUGGUGAGCCCAGUCAAUUGCUUCCUGCUACUAGAAGGAAAUUAAUUCUUCAUUAUGCAGAGGACUUGACAAGUUGUUUUCCAGAGAGGCCGUUCGUAGUUAUGUCACACUACUUCUACUUGACUCCACAAAUUCUUCUGCCCUUUAGCCCUCUUACUUCUCAAGAGUUUGAUCUGAUCAGACGCAAGGCUGGAGCAUCUUGGCAGGAUGAAACACGAUGGUCAGAUUCUUCCGUGACAACAUACACAGGCAGUUACCGGAAAAAACAACUGGACAAGUCCAUGUGCAGCCAAUUUUCUUUUAGAGCAGGACAGCAUGAGCCUGAGUGUAAACAGAUGUCAUUGACAAACAGUUCUGCCUGUCGUCUUCUCUGCUGGGCUGGUACCCAAGAGACUACAGAUAUCAAAGGACUAUUCCCUGAUAUAACCAGGCCCUUUAAAAAGUCAUUUGAUGUCAAGCAUGGAGUGGCACAUCAAAUUUGGGAUUUUGGUGAUUGUUUUCCGACACCUCCAAAUUAUGGAAAAUACUGUGUGAGACCUAAAAAGCCAGCACAGGAGGCCCUGAUAAACUACAGUCGACGAGGGAAAGGUGUCCUAAAGCAUCUUCAUGGACGGUGCGAUUCUGAAAGCAACGUUUGCUCAUCUGAGGAUUCAGAAGCUGAUCGAUACUCCGAUUAUGGCUGGGGAGGACCCUCAUCGCCAUUUAACUGAGUUGGAAAAUGAAGCCACAAUGCUGGAGGCGUGGAGUUUGCUUAAUAAACAACUUUGAGCAACCAGCUCGGGUCAGACGUCAUUGACAGGACCUCCUCUUGGCUUCACCAAGUCGCUCUUGCUGCCUGCCCAGGGCUUCUUUGCCACCUCAAUAUUUAGUGUAUUCUUUCAUUAUGUUAAAACUAAAUAAAAUGUUUCAUUAUA